AUGGAUGAUCAUUUAAUGGAUAUAGAUGAUCCUGAUAGUGAUGACGAAGAGUGUGAUAGAGGCGAUGGGGGUGAUGGGCAACCAAGUGGUUCACAAAGCAACCGCAACUUCGAUGAUGGAAUUGAUUUUUACUAUGGGCAAACAUUCGAGAACAAGGAGUAUUUAAAUGUUUUAUUGAAAAAAGCUGUAAUAAAUACCCCGUUCUAUUUUAAACUGAACAAGAGUAAUAAAAAAUAUUACAAGGUGGAAUGCACAUAUCCUAAUUGUGGUUGGAUGUUUCGGGCCAAUAAGUACGAGAACUCGGAUAGGUUUCACAUUUGCAAGUACGUUAGUAAUCACAUUUACGGGGUUGAACAUGUUACGAGCACUCAUAAGCAUGCCUCGUCAAUUGUCAUUGCAUCAGUCUUGAUGAAUCACUAUAUUGACAAUAAAGGGCCAACGACAAAGGAAAUCCAGAUGAUGGUUUUCAGGAAAUUUCAUGUUAAACCAAGCUACUGGAAGUAUUGGAAGGCAGGUGUACUGGCUAAGAACAUAGUUAGGGGGACACUAGAGCACGGGUAUAGCUGCUUAUCGGCUUAUUCUUAUAUGGUUGAAAAUCUAAAUUCGGGUUCCAGAAUUUGCAUAAGACUUGAUGAUGCGAACAAGUUUAAAUAUUACUUCUUAGCUUACGCAGCUUGCAUUCGAGGAUAUACCCACAUGCGAAAGCAUCUUGGUGAUAACCUUCGUAAAAAUUUCCAAUGUGGAGAAUAUCUUCAUGUACACUAUGAUACGGCAAAAGCAUAUGGUUACCAGGAGUUCAGUGACCAUUUUCAGCAAUUCAAGGAUAAAUGCCCCGAAGCAGCUAAUUGGCUCGAGUUUGAUAUUGGAUUUGACAAGUGA